CAAAGUUCUGAAAUGACAAGUGAAACCAUCGAGACGUAAAUUUGAUCUUACCGAGCAAAGAAACCAAAUCCGGAGUCUGGGAUUAGUCGCGGCGUUUCUAUAAAAUAAAUAUUUGUUCGCGCAUAAAUUGCAAGUAUCAAUGGCGCACAAUCUCGGCAACUUUAGAUCCCCGGUAUUAGCGGAACCUCGUUUAAUUCCAGGCGGAUCUGCGAAUCUAAUCCAAACGCCUUUAGGAAAUGUCCGGUCGAAUCAAAUAGUGAGCUCGGUGCCUCCUCCGCUGCCGCCUCCCCUAAAUGGGCAGUCCAAUAGUUACUCCUAUGGCGGCGGGAGUCCUUACAUGGGGUACAACAGUUACAAUAGUUAUAGCCCAAUGUACGGGGGCUACGGCAGUGGAGGUCUCGGAGGAUAUGGUGGUUUUGGAAGUGGAUUUGGUAGUUACGGAGGAUACGGAUCGUAUAAUCGGUACGGUGGCAUGAAUCCCUAUGACCCAGAAACCAGGUUCAUCCAGCUCGCAGAGGAGAGCUCCCGGCCCGCAUUCCAAAGUAUUGAAUCCCUCGUGGGAGCGAUAGGAAAUAUCGCGGCGAUGUUGGAUUCAACAUUUUUCGCUUUGACAAGUUCAUUCCGAGCCAUCCUUGGUGUUGCUGCUAAUUUUGGCCGACUAAGGGGCGUAUUCGCGCAGUUCUGGUCGACGUUCGCAAUCUUUCGAGGACUGAAUUGGAUCUAUAGGAAACUCCUGUAUAUGCUGAAAGUUUCGAACAUUGACCCGUCAUCCGAGGCCUUUAAAGAGGCCUUUGCUGCCGCUCAGAAAGGCUUGCAGACCGACCCGCAGCAGAAGAGAAAACCGUCACCCUGGCCUGUUGUCGCGUUCCUCGGUUUCAUCUUCACCGCCCCAUAUCUGAUCAUGAAACUUCUGAGCACAGUGUCCAAUUCGGCUGUUGAAGAGUCUCGGAACCCGCAAACCUGGGUUCGACCAAUAAAAUCAACAGCUGUCUACAGUUUCCAAGGACGCAAUCCAGAAGAACUUUCAAUUCGUGCUGGACAAACAGUUUUAGUUGCACCGAAGGAGGUACAAAACACACAUAAGCUAAUGAGUUCUGGCUGGGCGCUAGCUACAGUAGAUGGGCGAACAUCAGGACUAAUUCCAAUUCAAUACGUUCAAGGCCCGAAUCAAAUUAAUAGGGAAGCGCCAGUAGUACCAAAUAGUAAUAUUGUAAAUGAAUUUCCCAAAGAGUGGAAUCUGCCAGUUGAAUGUGAAACACUAGAACAAGUUCAAGUUCCUGCUGCCCCUGCGGUAGAUUCUUCCGUGUCAGUAUCAGCGCCUGUGGCGACGGAAUCCACAGGGGAAUGUGAAGCUAGUGAAUCGGUUAAAGAGUCCUGAAUGUACUGAUAAUUAAGUCUUUAAUGUAAUUAUGUAAUUUUAAGCUUAAUUAUUAAAUUUCGUGUCAACUAAAACGCGGUUUUUAAAUCGUGGACCCAUUUUCCAUAAAGGUGUUGUCUCAUAUUGAAAAGCAUUUAAACGUGGCAAUUUUUAAUGUUUUUGGUUUUUUUUGUGAAAAUUGUUUAUAAUACAUUUUGUUUUUAUUUUGAUAGGCAUUGUGAUUUUUUCUUUAUGCGAAUUUGUGUAAUAAAUUAGGAUUGCAUCCUGUCAAAGCUUA